AUGCGGCUUCUCCGCUUUGACACGCCGGGCAGACUGAUCUUGACAGGCUUUCGCGGCAAGCCAAUCCCGCCCUACGCUAUCCUGUCGCACAGGUGGAGCGACUCCGAGACCCUCAUCGAAGACAUAUCGAACAGAAACCACAAAGAGAAAGAAGUGGGCUACCGGAAGCUACAAUUCACUGCUGAACGGGCGGCUCAAAACGGACUGCAGUAUUUCUGGAUCGACACAUGCUGCAUCGACAGAUGGGACAAUAACGAGCGCUCAAAGGCGAUCAACUCGAUGUUCCAGUGGUACCGGAACGCAGCCCGAUGCUACGUCUUCUUGUCAGACGUGUCAGCUGUGACGGAGACGGCUGCAUGCAGCGACUGGGAGGCGUCGUUUCGGAAGAGUGAAUGGUUCACUCGAGGAUGGACGCUCCAAGAGCUGAUUGCGCCAGUGUCAGUCGAGUUCUUCUCGCGUGAAGGACAGCGCCUAGGCGACAAAGCGUCACUUAAUCGACUAUUACACGAGAUCACCGACAUCCCGCUCGCCGCGCUGCGCAACUGCCCUUUAGACCAGUUCAGCACAUCUGAGCGAAGGCGAUGGGUCAAAAACCGCAGAACGACAGAGGAAGAAGACAUUGUGUACUGCCUGCUUGGACUUCUUGGCGUCUCUAUGCCUACGACGUAUGGAGAAGGGAAGGAGAGCGCAUUGAGAAGACUGCAGGCUGAAGUUGAGGGAACUGCCAGAGCACCGUCGAUCAUCCCAUUCUCACGAAAUGAGUCUUUUGUGGGUCGCGAAGUACAGCUUGCCGACCUUGAAGCAAAGCUCUUCAGCAACGACCAGACCACGACCACGCUAGCGAUUGUUGGCCCUGGCGGAACAGGCAAGUCGCAGCUUGCACUUGAGGUUGCACACAGGACAAGGCUGAACAACAAGAACUGCUCGGUCUUUUGGAUGGACGCAAGCGACAUGGACAGCCUCUACCGAUCUUAUGCAAGCGUUGCGCAAAAGCUCAGUGUUCCUGGUUGUGACGAUGACCAGGCAGACAUGAAGCAGGUCGUAAAACGCUGUGUGGCAGCAAUGAGUGCGCGGCAGUGUUUGCUGAUCUACGACAACGUAGGAGCCACCACUCUACGGCCUAGCGGCUCGUUUACGACACAAGCUGCAGACCUGGCCGACUUUCUGCCGCACUCCAAUCUGUGUUCUGUCAUCUUCACAACAACAGAGAGCAACACAGCGGAAGCACUCGCUCCACGGAACGUCACAGCGCUGCAUGAGCUGACACCAGACACGGCGCUGAGGAUGCUGCAGAACUGCUUGACAACGCCGCUUUUAAACGCUGAGCAGCAGGAAGCCAUGCACCUGCUAAGAGAGCUAUUGUAUCUGCCUUUAGCAGUCGUGCAAGCGGCAGCGUGCAUGAACGCCAGCAGUAUGACAGUGCAGCAGUACCAAGCACAGCUAGACGAUCACAAAGAAGCAGCUCUCGAAUGGAGCGAUGACUCGUCUGAAGGCGAGCAGCGGGAAUCUGGUCUAGGGAAGACUGUAGUUGCUGCACUAUCUCUCUCUAUGAGCCACGUCCAACAUAGCAAUGCAGUUGCUGCAGACUAUCUCUUUAUUGCUGCAUGCUUAGAUCGAAAAGAUAUCUCGCUCGAACUCCUAGAGGCAGCUUCGCCGCGGGCUCGUGAAGACGCCGUCAAGGUACUUGACAAGUACGCGCUCGUCACCAGGCGACCUGCUGAAUCAUCACUUGAUCUUAAUCGAUUGGUCCAUCAAGCUCUGCGCAAGCGGCUGCAAGUGCAGGGACGGCUCAUGCAGUGGACUCAACGCACCAUCACACAGUUACUGCGGGUAUACCCAGACGACGAUUACAGUAACAGAAGCAAGUGGAGACGACUGCUUCCACAUGCUCAGUAUGCUCUGUCUCGUAGUGCGACAGACGACAAUGAUGAAGAGAAAUUGAGUCUUACGGAGAAAUGUGCUUUGAAUCUAUACAGUGACGGACGGUAUAAGGAAGCCGAAGAGCUGCAGAUGCAACUGAUGCAGACAAGGAAGAGAGUGCUCGGUAAGGAACAUCCUGACACGCUAAGAAGCAUGCACGAUCUGGCGACAACGUACAGCAGCCAGAGGCGAUGGAAAGAGGCUGAAGAGCUGCAAGUGCAAGUGACGCAGACAACAAAGAGAGUGCUCGGCAACGAGCAUCCUGACACACUGACCAGCACGGCCAACCUAGCGUUAACGUACAGUGACCAAGGGCGAUGGAAAGAGGCAGAAGAGCUGCAGACGCAAGUGAUGCAGCUAGCGAAGAGAUUGCUUGGUGAUGAGCAUACUAACACGCUAAGAAGCAUGCACAAUCUAGCGUUCAUGUAUACGGACCAAGGGCGAUGGAAAGAAGCUGAAGAGCUGCAGAUGCAAGUGAUGCAGCUGACAAACAGAGUGCUUGGCGACGAGCAUCCUAACACGCUGAGCAGCAUGCACAACCUAGCGUCGACGUACAGUCACCAAGGGCGAUGGAAAGAGGCAGAAGAGCUGGAGGUGCACGUGAUGGAGACGAGGAAGAGAGUGCUUGGUGAAGAGCAUCCUGACACGCUGAGCAGCAUCCACAAUUUUGCCUUUUUGCUUCGAUCGCAAGCUCGCCGCGAGGAGGCUCUUGCACUGAUGGAAACAUGCUUCCAGUCGCGCCAGCAAGUCCUUGGCGAGCAACACACUGGUACACAAUCAUCGCUCGACACGCUGAAUAGCUGGCGAGCGGAGUGCGGUAACGAGAGUCCAUGA